AUUGAAUAAGUUGUUUCUCGGUGCAGCUGAUCCGCACGUUGGACUUACUGUGACAGACUUAUUUUUAUUGCCUAUGCCGGAAUGCCUCCUAAAAAUGCCGGCAAAGGUGGAGGGGGUGCGUCUAAGAAAGCGGAGCAGAAGAAGAAGGAGAAAAUAAUCGAGGAUAAGACAUUUGGAAUAAAGAACAAGAAGGGUGCCAAACAGCAACGCUUCAUUCAGCAGGUACAACAUCAGGUUAAGCAUGGCGGCAAUAAGUCAGCAAGGGAUUUGGAGAAGGAAAAGGAGGCUCAAAUGAAGAAAAAGGAAGACAAGAAGAAGGAACUGGCCCAGCUCAAUGAACUUUUUAAACCCGUCCAGCAACUUGCAUCGAAAGGUAGUGAUCCCAAAUCCAUCCUGUGUGCAUUCUUCAAGCAGGGCCAGUGUGGAAAGGGAGCCAAAUGUAAAUUUUCUCAUGACCUCCAGGUUGAACGCAAGUCUGAGAAACGCAGUGCUUAUGUUGAUUUGAGAGAUACAGAAGAAUCAGGUGGCGGACCUCUCGACCAAGCUGCCUUGUUAGAAAUGGUAGAGAAGAAACAAGGUAAACUCAAGAAUAGGCCUACAUCUGAAAAGGUUUGCAAACACUUCUUGGAUGCAGUUGAAAACUCAAAAUAUGGCUGGUUCUGGGAAUGUCCCAAUGGGGAUACAUGUGUGUUUCGUCAUGCUCUACCACCAGGCUAUAUCUUAAAGAAGGAUCGAAAGAGAAUGGAAAAGGAAAAGGAAGAAAUCAGUCUAGAAGAGCUGGUGGAUCGUGAACGUGCAGCCCUUGGUCCCAACACCACUAAAGUCACCUUAGAGACAUUCUUGGCCUGGAAAAAGAGGAAGCUCAAAGAAAAAGAGGAGAAAGAGAAGAAAGAAGCCGACAAGAAGAAAAAAGAUUUUAAUGCUGGCAGAAAUCUUGGGGUAAGUGUGGUCACAUAUAUGUAUAUAUAUAUUAAGUGUGUG